UUCCCAUGCUGCAGUCUGCACUCUGCACUCUGCAGUCGUUCCUCGUUAGUGAACACGACAGCAGGUUACACUUUGGUCCUGUUGGUCUCGCUAGUUUACAUUUUCGAGUCAGCCCUCGAAUCCGGGCAUCGACGAGAUGUUCGGCCCUCUCAAUUUUCCUGAGGCGAGCACGUCCACUUCCCGCGGCCCACUUUUCUACGAGGACCAGGAACGGGUCGCACCCUGCAUUCUCUGCGAAAAGGAGUUCCUGUUCCCAGGGGAGAAGGAGCAGUGUCUCAGGCACAUCCUGCAGGACCACCAUCUAGUCAUCGGCGAUGCCGAGUCCAUCACAGACCUGCCAAGGUAUUUAGAAUUUUGGAAACACAAGAUGAGUAUAGACCAGGUGAAGCAGUAUUGCUCAACAAUGUUAGUCGAUGUUAAAAAAGACGGUGUCGUUUAUUCAGAUCAGGAGUUUUUUUUACUGUCCGACAUAGACAAAGAUGACAAAAUGAUCCGUGAGAAACUUAGAAACGAGACGAUCGAAAUGGUGUUAGAGCAGCAGAGGUUCGAGAGGGAGGACAGAUGUUUCAGCCGUGGCUGUUUCAUGUGCCGUCAGAUAAUUGAACCGACAAGGCAGCAAUAUGUGACCCACCUGAAUGAAAGCCACAAUGUACUGCUUGGCCAUCCGGAUAAUCUUGUUUUCCUGGACAAACUGUUCCAGGCUUUGGACCAGAAAAUGGAUGAUUUGCAGUGCAUCUUCUGUGAGAAAGUCUUCAAGGACAGGGUCAUCCUGAAGGAGCAUAUGAGGAAAAAGGGCCACAAACGAAUAAACCCAGAUAAUCAGUUUUACGACAAGUUCUACAUUGUCAAUUAUCUUGAACCGGGUACGAGUUGGAAGGAUAAGGGAAAACGAGAAAGAAAGCCAAGUAUCGAGGAAGAAGACACAGCCGAUUGGUCCGACUGGGAAGAAAAACUUCCCUCUUUUAUUAUUUGCUUAUUUUGCCCAACAUCAGAAUCCAGCUGGGACAACAUUCUACUCCAUAUGAAAACUUUGCAUAAUUUCGACUAUGACGCUUCUACCAAGGGGUUCGAUUUUUACAAACAGGUAAAAUUUGUAAAUUACAUAAGGAGACAGAUUUACUGGAAUAAGUGCAUCAUAUGCAAUGAGAUGUCGUCGUGUAACAAAGACAUCAUUAAACACAUGACGUCAGAAGGGCAUCUCAUUCCCCCGGAUAUUAAUCUCUGGGAUAAGCCUGAAUUUUUCUUCCCGACUUACGAAAACGACUCUUUCCUUUGUCAUCUUGAUGACACGUAUGAUCAAGACGAUGGCCAACUCAGCGAAAUUCUAUCUGAGACGGUAAACCUGGAUGAGACGCCUUAAAGAAUUAAAAACUAAAGAAUGAACAAGUUCAUUUAAUGUGUUAAUUAAAUAAACAUUGUAAUAAAUUGUUAAU